AUGUCCUCCAACGAUUUCGAGCAGGUCGUCCGGCUGAUGCCUCCCCCGGGGACGAACUACUUCAAACGGCAGAGCGAGACGAUCUUCGACAACCUCAGAUACUACAAUGUCUCAGGGACUUGGGUCUCGACUCUAAACUGGCGUUGCGAUAUCUACGUGUACGUCUCCGGCGCGGCCCCCAACGACCCGCGCUUCAGGGAGAAAGGUGGAGUGAUCACGGUGAUGAUCGUGCACCAAGGCCUUUUAGAGAUGCCCCCCACUCAGGGGACCAGCGAACGUACGGACUUUGUACAGAAGGUUCUCGCGUCGACGUCUUUGUCGUCUAUAAAGCAAUUUCCCGCGACCGACAGUGCCUCUCAGUCCGGUGACAACUACCAGUAUACAAUCAAUUACCAGGAGUCAAUCCCCCUAUUCAAGAACCACGGAAAUGAAGUCUUCAUGUUUGACGCGGCGUACAAGGACAACUCCACCCUCGUCAAGACGAAGCAGACCGGGAGUGAAGUUACCAAUGGCGUCCAGUUCGCCUUGCAAUACCAGAAGCGGGUUGAGCCAUCGACUUCUUACCCCCUCGUCGCCUUCUCCGUACUUAAGUUCGUGAAUCCUGCAGCUUUCCCGGUUACUUUAGAUUUUCAAUCCUACGAAUGGCUUAGGCCAAGCCAGCAAGUCUACAGCCAGGUGUACUCGAAGAAAGUGGCCCUCGAUUUGAACUUCUCUUAA